AAAAAAUACUUGUUGUGCAGUAUUGGCACAUGCCCAUAUUAGAUGUGCCAUGGAAUCAUGGUCAUGAGUUCCUACUCAGAUUGCAUCUUUUUUUGGCAGUUUCAGUUUCAUUGGGAGAGCUUAAAGGCAUCGGGAUGCAUUUUUUGUUUUAAGUGGAUGCAUCUGUGAUUGCAGUCUUAGUAUCUCGGAAAUAAGAUUAGUUUAAGCAUAUAUUGGCUUGCCAAUAAGAUAGAUAAUACAAUUUUUGAGCAUGUGUAGCCUCUCUCAAUCGACUCUUCCACCAUCCCCUGUGCCUCCCUUCUUUUUUCUCCUUGGGGCAUGCAGAAACUUCUACAUAGAAUGGGCUUCUUGUUUGUUCUUCUUGACAAGCAUAGGGCUGUGCUCAAUUUGUGGCCCCUAAAACUGACUAGCCUUUUGCUUAUUGGAAGUGCCAGCCAUCUUUUGUAUACAUUUGCAUCAAGAUAUUGCGUCCUUUUAAUUUGGCACUAUUUCCUGGAAAUAUACCUUGCUCUGCAUGUUGGGGUGCAAGUUGAGUGGCCUACUGGCCUCUUGAAAUAUACAUGCAUAAGUAUAGCUGUUGUUUUGUGUACCACUAUUGUAUUAUGUUCUGAUGCUGAAGAAUCUCAACUUGCCAAGAUUACUCGUGAUAGUGCAAAGAUAACUGUUGAGCAGGUUCAUGGCUUGAUGUCACAGGUUAUCAAGGACAUUCUAUUUAACUCUGUUCAUCAGUCAAACAGAUUGCGGACCGAGUCAUCUGGUCCUGAACCAAUGGUUGAAACCUGA